AUGAUACGACGACAGCUACCUGAUCGCCCAUGGAUCGAUAUAGCGAUAGAUUUCCUUGGACCAAUGCCAUCCGCUGAGUAUAUUCUAGUGGUUAUCGACUACUACAGUCGCUAUAUGGAGUUAGAAGUGAUGAAUAAGAUUACCGCUCAGGAGACAAUCAAAAGUUUGAAACGAAUUUUUCGUAUCUGGGGGCCACCAAGAACGAUCACUUUGGACAAUGCUAAACAGUUCGUAUCUAGUGAAUUGGAAGAGUAUUGUAAAACAAAUGGCAUUUACCUAAAUCACACGUCUCCAUACUGGCCACAAGCAAAUGGCGAGGUCGAACGCCAAAAUAGAUCAUUAUUGAAAAGAAUGAAAAUAGCUAACGCUCUUUAUGACAAUUGUAAGGCUGAACUUGACAACUAUCUGGAUCUCUACAAUAAUACUCCGCAUACAAUUACUGGCAAGGCGCCUAGUGAGCUUUUACAAAACCGGAAGUUGCGCACAAAACUCCCUUGUGUCGACGACAUCGAAACCAUGCCCCCCAGUACCGAUUUCCGAGAUCGGGAUCACGAGAAAAAAUUUCAUGGAAAACAGUGGGAUGAUGAGAAGCGUAGAACAAAACCAAGUUCUAUUUUACCUGGCGAUACAGUCCUCAUGAGGAAUCUCUGCCCGACGAACAAACUGUCCACUAAUUUCUACAAAGAGAAAUUUACAGUUGUUGACAGACAAGGAUCGAACGUCACCGUUCAAUCUCAGGAAACAGGAAAAACGUACGAUCGUAACUCGUCUCACCUCAAACCCAUUUCUGACCCUGUACUCGUUGAGGAUAGCACAGGUAACAGAGAUCGUGGUGGUUACUCUAUACCAACAAUGUCUGAACAAUUACCAGUUGAUGGAGAAUCGCUGGAGAUCGCUGUGGAUCCUGAUGCUCCAGAGUCGGGAGAUUUGCCACUACCACAAAGGCAACCUAGACGGUCAACGCGAACGCACAAGCCUAAGGUAAUGUCCAUAAUGCUAUAUUUCCUCAUAAGUUUAAAUAGUUAA